UUGUGUGAUUUUUGCCAGUGUGUAUGUAGUGUGUUCUUGCACAUCUAUGCGUCUGCAUACCUGAUAGGAUCAAUCAGGACUCCCCUACAUUGUCUUUCUGUCUGUCCCUACCGCCAUCUUUUGCACCUUUUCAGGUUCCGUCACCUUUGCCCCGUCCUCACACUUUCACACGUUUACCAGCAAAGGAUUGUUGGAGCUCAACAUUUUGCCUUCAUGGAGGAUUACCACAAACCUGACCAACAGACAGUGCAGGCGUUGAGGAACAUCGCCAAUCGCCUCAGGAUCAACUCCAUCAAGGCGACGACGGCGGCUGGCGCGGGACACCCCACAUCAUGCUGCAACGUGGCGGAAAUCAUGUCUGUGCUUUUCUUCCACACCAUGAAGUACCGCCCCGAGGAUCCACGAAACUUCCACAGCGAUCGCUUCCUUAUGUCCAAGGCUCAAUCUGCGCCUGCCUUGUACUCCAUCUGGGUUGAAACAGGAUUCCUAAAGGAGAGCGAGUUGCUCAGUAUGUGCCAGGUUGACUCUUCCCUGGAGGGCCACCUUGUCCCUAAGCAGCAAUUUGUGGAUGUAACCACUGGCUAUUUGGGACAGGGGCUCGGUGUGGCCUGUGGAAUGGCAUACACAGGGAAAUACUUUGACAAAGCCAGCUACCGUGUUUACUGCCUGUUGGGGGAUGGCGAAAUGUCAGAGGGCUCUGUGUGGGAAGCCAUGUCGUUCGCUUCUUACUACCAGCUUGACAACAUAGUGGCCAUCAUGGACAUCAACCGCCUGAGCCAAAGUGACUCUGCGCCUCUGCAGCAUCAUGCCGAGAAAUACCAGAGACGCUGUGAAGCUUUCGGCUGGCAUGCCAUCAUUGUGGAUGGACACAGUGUGGAGGAGCUGUGCAAGGCUCUGAGCCAGCCACGCCAUCAGCCCACAGCUAUCAUUGCCAAAACCAUCAAGGGCAAAGGCAUUCCAGCUGCAGAAGAUAAGAUUGGCUGGCACUCCAAAACUCUGCCUAAAGACAUGGCCGAGAUGGUCAUGAAGGAUUUGCAGAGUCGGAUCAUGAACACCAGCAAGCACCUGUACCCCCCUACUCCCGUAGAGGACUCACCCCCAGUGAGCCUGAGGAACAUCCGCAUGGCCAGCGCACCCACCUACAAACCUGGAGAAAAGAUUGCCACGCGUAAGGCCUAUGGGAUGGCGAUCACCAAGUUAGGCCGCUACAACGAGCGCGUUGUUGCUCUUGAUGGAGACACAAACAACCUCACCUACUCAGAGAUCUUCAAGAAUGAGCAUCCCAAUCGUUUUGUGGAGUGCUACAUUGCCCAGCAGAAUAUGGUUAGUGUUGCCAUGGGAUGUACCACUCGUGAGAGGAACGUUGUGUUUGCCAGCACCCUGGCAUCCUUUUUCACACGUGCCUAUGACCAGCUCCGCAUGGCAGCCAUAUUAGAUAGCAACAUCAAUCUAUGUGGCUCCCACUGCGGCCUGUCCACUGGAGAGGAAGGGCCCUCCUUGAUGGGGUUGGAGGACAUGGCUAUGUUCAGGGCCCUCCCUAGAACAACAAUCUUCUAUCCCAGCGAUGCAGUUUCUGCAGAGAAAGCUGUGGAACUGGCUGCAUCCACAAAGGGUGUUUGCUAUAUCCGAACCAGCCGCCAAGACAACGCUGUCAUCUACAACAGCAAUGAAGAUUUCCAUGUUGGACAGGCUAAGGUGGUGUACCAGAGCAAAGAGGAUCAGGUGACUGUGGUGGCUGCUGGAGUGACACUGCAUGAAGCGCUGGCUGCAGCUGAACACCUAAAGAAAGAGAGGAUAUAUGUGCGAGUUAUCGACCCGUUCACAAUCAAACCUCUUGACGCCAAGACCAUCAUUGACCACACGCGUGCUACCAGGGGAAGAAUCCUCACUGUGGAGGACCAUUACUAUGAAGGUGGCCUGGGGGAGGCCGUGUGCUCGGCAGUCGUCAACGAGAGUGGCUUCAAUCUCCAUCGUCUAGCCGUGUCGCACGUGCCGCGUAGCGGCAAACCGCAAGAGCUUCUCAAGAUCUAUGGCAUCGACCGUGAUGCCAUCACCCAGGCCGUACGCAAGAUGCUCAGCACCUCCACCAAUGCCAAGUAAAUCCCUUCCCUUGGCCCACCGUUUUUCUCACCAAACCUAUCAACAGUCAAGUGAGUCACAUGACACCCAGCUCUCUCCUUUUCUUCCCUGUGAAUCCCCGUAAGUGUUUCAAGUAUUGUGAUUUUGUGAUUUUCUCUUCUUCCAAGCACCCAUCACACCAAAAGCAAACACUAAUACAACACACACGCACGUGCACACACUAAUAUACAUAUCGCAUCUUGUCCAAGUGUGGCCAUCAGCAACACACACUUUUUACAUGUUCAACAAAAAUACAUUGUGAUGCUUCCAUAUGUUUUUGAAAUGCUUUUUUAGUCACAUCAUUAAGUCAUGUUUUUAUAUAUUAUUCCAAAUGUAGCUCUUGAUGCCAGGUGGGUGGUUAGUAUUAAAGUAGUUGUUAUGACAACAGUGUCAGAACGAAACAAGGUGUGAGUUGUUGUGUGUAGUAGUGGAGAAAAAAAUACAAAAAACAAGUGUAGAUUGGUUAAAUUGUUGCAUUAAAAAAAAACCCAGGUCAUACCCUUAGAUGAUUCAAAUGUUGAAUUGGUUCUUCUCAGCAUUGCGUUUUGUUGUUUUCACCUCCCAUUCGCACCAUACAUCAGCCAUACACUUGGACCGCACUACCGCACCGUACGUAAUGACGUGGCCGUUGACUUUGUGUUUUUAUAUAAGGUGGGGAGGCUCCUCCCCUCCUGAUGCAAAAGUUUGAUUGUCACCGUGCAGGUAGAGUUAAGUCUGACUUGUGAACCUAAGAACUGUUACUUGAAGUUUUGUAAGUAUCAUUCUUUCAUGUAAUAAAGCCCUCUACAUUUGA